AUGACAGAAGAUCUCAUCAAAGAAGCAGGAGCAUUGGGAGUGUAUGCAUCACAUUAUUUAAACCUGAACGAUAGGGACCGCGCAAUACACAGACCUGCCCGUCAGACAAUACCCAUACUGAACACACCAACAUCACCGUCACCUUCACCUUCGAUACGCAGGAAAGGGAAUCCCCAAAGUCUAGACACAAGCAGAUUACUACGAGGCCAGAUGAGUCGAUCCACCAUGUUGAUAGAUGCCAUGAACUCGCCUCUCUCUUUGAACGGUUCCCUUAGAGAAGACGAUGAGCUCACAGCGAUAAGCGCGUUUCCAAUAUCGGAUCCUGUUUUGGAGGCCGCAGAUCGGUCUGAGUUACCGGCUCCGAGCUCUUUUGCAAUUCUGAUGAAACUGAUUGAAACUUUGGCAGGAAAGGAUAAGCUGGGCAAGGUUGUUCAGUAUGGCUUGAGAAUCCUGCUUUUCUACUCCAAGAGGAGCACGUCAUUUUUGCAAAGAACUCACGCCGAAGGGCUGAAAUUUCCAACUGGUGAUUAUAAAGGAAUAGCUGGUGUUAUAAUGGGUCUAAUCCAGAGACCAGAGUUUGUGGCAUUAUUUUUGCUGAAGGAUUUUGAGACCAGGGCCGCAGGUGUAGUUUCUGGUCUAUCCAUGUAUAGACAGAUGUUGAGGUGUGGCAAGACUCCUUUCAGAUUGGUGAAUCUUGCAUAUAAGCUAUCUGCAACCGCAUCAGUGUUUGCCAACAAGGGUGUUGAGAAAGGGAUAUUGAAUGUGAGAGAUAAGUGGUUUACUCCGACUACCCUUUCGGACCUUCUCUCGGUUUAUUACAGCAUUUUCGAUGAGUCGUUGUUACUCUUCAAACUGGGGGUCUUCGGAGAUCCCAGAUUCAGGAGGUUUGCUGUUAAACAUGAAGCUUUAGCCUGGUACUAUAAUAUCAUCCUGGGAUUGUACAAAUCGCUGUCCAAGCUGAGCACCCUCAAAGAGAGUCAGAACCAGAUAAAGAUCAACCAACAGGUCAGGCAGCGGGCCAAGGCCCUGAUGCGGAACUCAGUGAAUGCCAGUUCUUCUCCUAGAUCUGCGGUCACAAGUUCUUAUUACAAUUACCAAUCUCCCACGCUGAGAGCAGUGUCUCCAUCGCCAAGCGUGAGGCGUGGACUAUUGUCGAGUGCUGCAUCCACUGCCGCACAGGAAGAGAUCGACGAACUUGGCAAACAGAUCAAAAACGAACAGAUCGAGAUCCUAAAGCUUUUGUGCGAUUUUGUGUUCGACACCAUCACCGUUUUCGAGCUCAAGGUGUACGAACCCGUCCAUCUAUCGUUUGGCUUGGGCGCUGGCGCUCUGGCUAUGAGCAAGGUUUGGAUGCAAGUGAAAGAGGAUUUGCAGGACAGUUGA